UCUGUUUGAACAGCUUCAAUUAAACCUAUAUUUAUUUGAUAAGAAUCAAUAUAAUCUUUAUAAGCUUCCUCUGAAUGAAAUUCAAUAUAACCAAAAAAAACAUAAAAGGAAAAAACACAUAAAUAUUAAAAAAAAAAAUGAAAAAAAGGGGAGAAAUUUUGGUACACAAAUUAAAUCCAAGUUGGUCCUACCUACCUAAAGUGAAUGGCAAAGAGAGAGUAAGAGAUCCACUAGCCAAUCUUUCCCUUUCCCUCCCCCACUCCAAAACUAAUACCAAUGUAAACCAAACAAUGUUUAGCUUCCAUUCUGCAAAAUUUCUUCCCCAUGUAUUACUUCCCCAACAUCAUCAUAGAAAUCUCACUUCUUCUACUCCUAAUAUUCAUCUUAUUCCUACCAUCUCAUCUUCUUUCUCCUCUCCCCAACCAAGCCCAAGCCCAAGCCCAAGCCCAUGUCAGGAGGCCCAAACAACUCGACGGUCCAUCAUCCUCCUCUCCACCGCUCUCUCUCUCCCUCCACCACCAUCCACGGCGGUCAACGCUCCUCCACUAGACACAACUAUAACGGACCGAGUCUUCUUUGACUUUAGUGUUUGUCCAACCUACUUUAGAGCCCAAGGUCAAGGCCAGGCCCAAGAAGUAACUCUAUGUGCAGAUUCUGAGCCCAUGGGCCGUGUUGUGUUGGGCCUAUAUGGGAAGAUUGUUCCCAUUACAGUGUCUAAUUUUAAGGCCAUGUGUACUAGGCCUAUGGGAUAUAAGAACACCUUGGUCCAUAAGAUAUUACCGGGCCAGUUCUUGGUAGCGGGCCGUCAAGGAAGGAGAGAUAAAGGAGAGGUUAUGCCACCUUUGGGCCUGGCCCAGAAUACUGAGACAGUGGACUCACGGGCUUUUAUGUUGGAGCAUUCUAGGCCCGGUGUUGUUUCUUUGUGUUUGUCACAGAAUGAUGAUGAUGAUGAGAUUAAGUUAGAUCCAGAGUAUCAUAAUGUGGAGUUCUUGAUUACUACUGGGCCUGGCCCAUGUCCGGAACUUGAUGGUAGGAACAUUGUCUUUGGGGUUGUUCUUGAAGGGAUGGAUGUAGUGAGAGCAAUAGCAGCUGCACCAACUUACCAGCCAGCUGAAAAGAUAAGGCAAUUGAAUGACUUAGCAGGAAAGCUGGGGGAUGAAAGAGCUCAAAUUGCAAGAACUUUCUGGAAUCGUCCUCUUAAAUCUAUUUAUAUCAGCGAUUGUGGGGAGCUUAAAGUUGCUAAACCAUCUCUCACUCCCUCCCUACCCUAACUUCCAUUUCACCUAAACAUAAUUAUCUCUUCUUUAUUUACAAUGUUCACAAAAUCUUGACUAUAUUCUUGUGUAUACAUUGUACUAUACUACAUAUCAUAUGGUCUCUUUAUUGUUAAUCAUUUAUUGUAGUGUAUAUGACAUUUUCAUAUAAAUGACACCUCUCUUAUGUUUUUAUCACUAA